AGCUCGCUGCUGUUCGUUGUUCUUUUGUAAUUUGGAUUUUGGUUUGUUGUUCGAAUCUCUAACUCAAAUUUAAUUUUUUGUGCUUAAUAGUGUAGUAAUUUUUUUUGUACCGAUAAAUUGUUAUUGUCGUAAAUUGUAUUAUAAUUUUUUGUUAGGUAGUAAUAAUCUAGAUAGUUCAAAAAUGUGUUCAGUGUUGGUUAUUGGAGACAUGCACGUACCGUUUCGUAGUAGUGGUCUCCCAACGCAGUUUAAGAAAUUGUUAACGCCAGGAAAAAUACAACAUGUUUUAUGUACAGGUAACUUAUGCACAAAAGAAAUGUACGAGUUCUUAAAGUCGAUAGCUAAUGAUGUGCACGUUGUGCGAGGAGAUUUUGAUGAGAAUCUAAACUACCCUGAUCAAAAAGUGGUAAAUGUUGGUCAAUUUAAAGUUGGUCUCUGCCAUGGACAUCAAGUGAUCCCUUGGGGUGAUCCUGAAUCGUUAGCAUUACUUCAGAGACAACUUGAUGUUGAUGUACUUGUAUUUGGCCACACGCACAAGUUUGAUGCAUUUGAACUCGGCAAUAAGUUUUUCCUUAAUCCGGGAUCGGCUACCGGAGCAUUUAAUCCUUUAAAUCCUGAUAUAAUACCAUCGUUUGUAGUAAUGGAUAUACAAAGUUCUACAGUAGUAUCAUACGUGUACAGGCUUGUUGGCGAUGAAGUGAAAAUUGAAAAAAUCCAGUACACAAAAAAAUAAUCUUUUUUUGGUGAAAACCCAAGAUUUCAAGUUAUUCAUUAUUUUUUUUAAUGACUAUAAUAAUUAUUGUUUUAUAGCCUUAAUGAUAUUUUAAGUAAUCUUAUAGCUAUUUAGUUAUCAUGAUUAUUAUAUAAUUUAGCUUUAAUAUUAUUAUUAUUCCAUACUAUUAUAUUUUUAAUUUAUUAUUAUUAAAUAUGUCAAUCCCAUCACCAGAA